GGACGAGAUGGAAAGUGCAUAUCAUAUCGAGAGACAUUGAGUGUCGCGGAAUCCAACGGCGAUCGAUAUCUUCAGCUCCGAGAUAAGUACUGGCCGGUUGGGUUACGUACGCGCAUAGUUAUGUAUACGUUCCGAAGACGUCAUGAUUUACCCUGUCGAUGUCGGUUGCACACGGGAGCAGCCCCUGCAACCCCGCACACGCUUGGGAUCCUAGCCCCGCUCCCGCGACUAUCUCCGACUCAUCACUUCACGAUCCCUCGACCUCCAUCCCCUUCGCCCCGCCAUUACUUAUGCCUUUCCACCAGGAUGCCGUGGCUCUCCGCAUUGUCAAGAUACCCGUGGUCACCUCACAGGCUAAACUACGUCAUACUAAUACCCGGGUUUCAUCGGCACAUGUGCACAGUCCAGACCAGGAGAGCUACCCACCAACCCAACGAAUACCUUGAUCUCCAGCGACUCGUCGUGUUGCCCUCUCCCCAGGAUCGUGAAAACCGUCAUCCCGCCGAUUCCAUUCCGACUGCCGGCCCCAGCACCGUCAAAUCCCGCAAGCCCUGGCGGCGGAUGACCAUCCGUGGGCCACACCAUCGAUAUCGUGUCCGAGAUUCGCACCUUCUUCGAUCCACUGCCCACCACCCUACACGACAUGAAUCCCGUCGUGAUAAUUCUACUGGCGGCUGUGCGGCGGGCAGGGGAUGGGAAUCAGAUGCAGUAGAGGCCGCAAGUGUUUCGGGCUGGGCAAGAGGCCGUGCGCGCAGAUGCCGGAUGGCGUCGUCUCGUGAACUCGGCUGUAGCAUCGAGUGGUAAACGAUCGCCGGUUGGCCGUUGCUCAAAACAUCUCCAGAUCGACCGGUUCUGCAGUAGAGCCCUAGUAACCGUCAGCGCACCGAAACCCGCCGCGUUAGAGCAAAAUGCUGUGGACUGUGGAAUCCCAU